CGGACCUGACCCCGCGCGCCUGGGAUGCGCCGGGAAUGCGCGUCCUCCGGGCCUGCGGCUGCUGCCGGCUGGGCGCGGGGCGAUGGACCUGAGCAUGAAGAAGUUCACCGUGCGCCGCUUCUUCUCCGUGUACCUGCGCAAGAAGUCGCGCUCCAAGAGCUCCAGCCUCAGCCGACUCGAGGAGGAAGGCACCGUCCAGGAGAUCGACAUCAGCCACCAUGUGAAGGAAGGCUUCGAGAAGGCCGACCCCUCCCAGUUCGAACUGCUCAAAGUUCUAGGACAAGGAUCCUACGGAAAGGUGUUCCUGGUGCGGAAGACCAAGGGCUCGGACGCCGGGCAGCUGUACGCAAUGAAGGUCCUUAAGAAAGCUACCUUGAAAGUUCGGGACCGAGUGAGAUCGAAGAUGGAGAGAGACAUUUUAGCAGAAGUGAAUCACCCUUUCAUUGUAAAGCUUCAUUAUGCCUUUCAGACGGAAGGAAAGCUCUACCUGAUCCUGGACUUCCUGCGGGGAGGGGACCUCUUCAGCCGGCUCUCCAAAGAGGUGAUGUUCACCGAGGAGGAUGUCAAGUUCUACCUGGCUGAGCUGGCCUUGGCUUUGGACCACCUCCAUGGCCUGGGGAUCAUCUACAGAGACCUGAAGCCUGAGAACAUCCUGCUGGACGAAGAAGGACACGUUAAGAUCACAGACUUCGGGCUGAGUAAGGAGGCCAUCGACCACGACAAGAGAGCCUACUCGUUCUGCGGGACCAUAGAGUACAUGGCGCCCGAGGUGGUGAACCGGCGGGGACACACGCAGAGCGCCGACUGGUGGUCCUUCGGCGUGCUCAUGUUCGAGAUGCUCACGGGAUCACUGCCGUUCCAGGGCAAGGACAGGAAGGAGACCAUGGCCCUCAUCCUCAAAGCCAAGCUGGGCAUGCCGCAGUUCCUCAGCAUGGAGGCCCAGAGUCUGCUGAGAGCCCUCUUCAAGCGGAACCCGUGCAACCGGCUGGGCGCUGGCGUGGACGGAGUGGAGGAGAUCAAGCGGCACCCUUUCUUUGUGACCAUAGACUGGAAUAAGCUGUACAGGAAGGAGAUCAAGCCGCCCUUCAAACCAGCGGUGGGCAGGCCCGAGGACACCUUCCACUUUGACCCCGAGUUCACAGCACGGACGCCCACAGACUCCCCCGGCGUGCCCCCCAGCGCCAACGCACACCAUCUCUUCAGAGGAUUCAGUUUCGUGGCCUCGAGUCUGGUCCAGGAGCCCUCGCAGCAGGAUCUGCUCAAAGCCGCGGUUCACCCCAUCGUCCAGCAGUUACACGGGAACAACAUCCACUUCAGCGACGGCUAUGAGAUCAAGGAGGACAUCGGGGUGGGCUCCUACUCCGUGUGCAAGCGAUGUGUGCAUAAAGCUACGGAGGCAGAGUACGCCGUGAAGAUCAUCGAUAAGAGCAAGAGAGACCCCUCGGAGGAGAUCGAGAUCCUCCUGAGGUACGGGCAGCACCCGAACAUCAUCACCCUCAAAGACGUCUACGACGACGGGAAGCUGGUGUACCUGGUGAUGGAGCUGAUGCGGGGCGGGGAGCUCCUGGACCGCAUCCUGCGGCAGCGCUACUUCUCCGAGCGCGAGGCCAGCGACGUGCUGUGCACCAUCACCAAGACCUUGGACUACCUCCACUCCCAGGGGGUGGUCCAUCGUGACCUGAAGCCGAGUAACAUUCUGUACAUGGACGAGUCUGGGAACCCCGAGUCCAUCCGAAUCUGCGACUUCGGGUUUGCCAAGCAGCUCCGGGCCGAGAACGGGCUGUUGAUGACGCCCUGCUACACGGCCAACUUCGUGGCCCCCGAGGUCCUGAAGCGGCAAGGCUACGACGCAGCCUGUGACAUCUGGAGUUUGGGGACCCUGUUGUACACCAUGCUGGCGGGAUUUACCCCAUUUGCAAACGGACCGGAUGACACGCCCGAGGAGAUCCUGGCACGGAUCGGCAGUGGGAAGUACGCCCUUUCCGGGGGGAACUGGGACUCCAUCUCCGAUGCCGCAAAGGAUGUCGUGUCCAAGAUGCUCCACGUAGACCCUCAUCAGCGCCUGACGGCGGUUCAAGUCCUGAAACACCCGUGGAUCGUGAACAGAGAGUACCUGUCCCAGAGCCAGCUCAGCAGACAGGACGUCCACCUGGUGAAGGGUGCCAUGGCUGCCACCUACUUCGCUCUGAACAGAACUCCCCAGGCCCCGCGGCUGGAGCCAGUGCUGUCGUCCGGCCUGGCCCAGCGCAGGGGCAUGAAGAGACUCACAUCCACGAGGCUAUAGUGCGAGCAGGCCCCGCAGAGCGUCCUGGGCUGGCGGGCGCCGGCCGGGGCUCCCGUCCCGGGCACUGCCAGGGUGACCGUGCCCGUCUCGAAGGCCCAGGAGCCUCUGCUCAUUCCACGUUCUCUUGUUCAGCCUGGAUGGAUCCAGACCGUGACCUCUCAGCGCCUCGCUGUGCCAACCCUGCUGCCUCCCUGCCCCGAGCCGGCCCGACGGCCUCACUUCACUGCACACCACCAUGAGCAGCGCCUGUAGGGUUCCUUCGGGCUCUGUGGGUCUUUUAUGAUCACGGCUUAUAUUUAUAUAGAGAGAUAUUUUUUCCAGUGAUAAAGCCAGUAAGGGGGUCAGGUUUCUGACACACGUCCCCGCGAUUCGGGUGGGCGGACGCGCUGACCGGCUGCCCCCACGGCCCCCCACCCGACCCUGGGAGGGGCUGGCCUCUGCGGUGUGGUGUUGCCAGGAGGACGGGGUCAGCACAUGGCACCUGGGAGUAGACGCCAGGUCCCCUCCAGGUGAUCCAAAGAGCCUUCGCCCCAUCGCCCAACGUCCAGACUGCGGUGCUGGGUGUCCUCUCCAGGUCGCAGACCCACAUGGGGGAAGGGCCCGGAACCAGCAGGGGGCAUCUUUGCUUUGGGGGCCUCUUUUCACAAGAAUGGCACGUCCCUGGGGAGGAGCCAGCGACAGCCUGUGCCCCCUGCCCUGUGUUCUUGUCCCCCCACGGCCGGGGCUGCAGGGCUGGGGGUCCACGCCCCCAUCCUGGCUCUGGCGGUGGUCAGGGCCGCCCAGAGGUUCUGAGCGCGCGCGUUGGGCCCCACGGCUGGUCGGCUGGUGCGGUCUUCUGUCAGCCCCAUGUGCUUUCAUCCCAAAGCAGUGUUUUUGCUGUGUUUGCCUUCCCCUCUCUGGGCCGCAGGAGGGCCGCGAGCCCGGGCAACCCUGAGCUCUGUUCCUCCCUUCCAGGCGCAGUC